GCAACAAAGUUCAUCCGUACACACUUCCUCCUUUUCUCAGCUUCAAUCCUCAAUCCACUCAACUCUGAAUUCAUCGAAUCUCCGUCACUUUUUCUCACCAAAAAACGCACUCAGUGUCCGUGAAUGUGUUCAUUCUCGAAUUCCACAUUCAAAAAUUAUUCUCCUUUUUCCCAAACAAAAACCCCAAAUUCACUCUCUCUCUCUCUCAUAAAUAAGCCAAAACUUAAUAUAACCUCCAUCACUCAAAGAUAAGCUCAAAGUCAUAAUCAUUCACUCUCCAUCCUCCAAAAACACACACCCAGAGAAAGAAUCAGAAUAAAAACUCAAGAAUAUUCCUCUUUCUCUCCUCCCUAAAAAAACCGUUUUCUUCAUUUGUUUUUUUAAGGUACCUAUCUAAGCUUUUCGAGGAAAACAAGAUAAGAGAGAUGUCGACCUUAGUCUUAGAAAGCUGGGUUGUGUUCCCAUUUUUCUUCAUGUUCCUCACAAUCUACCUAAUCGGUUACUUUAUCAUUUUCCCCAAUUGGAGCCCUAAGAACCGACCCGAAUUAUCAAGCUGCCUGAUAUCCCUCUUUCACGGCACUCCGGCGGUGUUUCUCGCGGCGGCCGCCAUACUCGGCGACCCGAACCGCGGUUUCGCCGCCGCCAAUACAAGCUUCCAGAAGGUGGUCAUGGAUUACAGCAUCGCUUACUUCCUCAUGGAUAUGCUUCACUACAUAGUGUUCUUCCCCAACGACGUGCUCUUCAUCGCGCACCACCUCGCCACUCUCUUCGUGAUCCUCACGUGCCGUCACGUGGUCUCGCACGGGGCUUUCGCGGUGCUGGUGCUGCUAGUCCUCGCCGAGGUAACCAGCGCGUGCCAGAACGUGUGGACCAUCGCCGGUGUUCGCCGGCGUGAGGACCCACUCGCCGCCAAGGUGUAUGUUGCUUUGUCAGCGCCGUUUUAUGCGUUGUAUUCGGUGGUUAGGGGUUUUGUUGGUCCUUAUUUUGUGUUCAGAAUGAUUGUGUUCUAUGCUGGUGGGAAUGCGCGUGGUCUUGUUCCCUUGUGGGUUUGGGUUUCUUGGGUUGUGGUUGUGCUUAUGGCCAUGGGUUUUAGUAUUAUGUGGAUUUCGAACCUUUGGCUUCAGCUUUUUAGGGAAAGAACAAGGAAAUUAGAGGAGAAAAUUAGAUAGGGAUUGAUUUGUAAGCACUCAGAAUUAGCAGUGUUGUUCCUAUUUGUUUGAUAUUAUUGCUGAUUGUUAUUAUAAUGCUAAUUUAUUGUUUUCGGCGACAAGUUUUGGAAUUUCUGCGUUGGUUUAUUGUGGUUUUAGCCAAAUCAAUGUUUCUUUUAUUUUUAUUUUCUUUUUUUGGAUGCUGGGGAUGAUUGGUUGAUU